AUGGCAACUCGCCCAGAGCCUGUACACGCGUCAAACAUCCCCGAACUAAAGGCAAUUUCAUCACCUCAGCCGUUUCCUUCCUCGCAGUCGGAACCCUGCUCAAUCACACGAAAGACAUUCCUGCGUGUUCUCCCGGUAGCAGACACAUACACGUCCAGGAGGCGCGGACUACACGACCAUAUAUACUUUGAACACAUGGCCCUGCUCGCUCUCAACCAUGACGUGCUGUUCGAGAUUCUCUCGCAAACUGAUUCGAGAUCUGCUCUGAACCUCUCGAUGGUGUCGCGCAAAGCAUACGAUCUCAGCCUACCGCAAGCGCUCUCGGACGUUACCCUGUCCCGCUCGCAGAACCAGGUCAGAUCGUUCUGCCAGUUCAUUCUUGCGGACCUCCAGAAUCGUCUCCCAUACCUUCGUCAACUCACCAUUGAGUGCACAAGCUUCGGCGUUGCACGCCAUAUCGAGUUUCACAAGACUGUCGACUUUUCUGCCGCGUCGGAUAUCGCAGAGCUGCUCGAGAAAGCAAAGCGCCUAAACCGUCUGUCCGUCGCAUGUUUCGAAGGCCUCAUUGCGUACGAACCACGCAUCGGCAUCGCCGUUUGCGGCAUCCCGGACCUUGCAGAUCUGGCCUUGCACAAUUGCGGACACCUGACCGUCGCCAUGCUUCCAUCGCUGCGCAGCAGACCACGAAGGCUCGCGUUCACUUCCUUAUUCAACCGCAGCCUACCAUCAUUCUUCCACCGUCUCAUCGCUGUCGAUAGCAUUGAGACGCUUGAACUGUCACAUCUUAGCCUCACAGAUGGAAGUCAGCCGCACGAGGAGAUUCACGAGAUUCCUUACAUGCCGUCGUGGAAGGUGGUCUGUCCAGUGCGGCGGGUGCAAUUGGAUUUGACUGCGUUCCAUUAUCCCGAUGCCCUCAGCGUCAUUCGCCACACUUCACCUAUCGUGCUCUCACUUCCGAUGGAAACUAAGCUCAUCGAUACUACGUUCUGGGGUGAUCUUAUCACGGCAACUCCUCGCAUGAGAUACCUUGAGGUGUGCCUCGACGAAGGCAGACAGCAGAAACUGAAUGACUGGAUGACUACGAACGAGGCAACCGUGUUCAACUUUAGUUCUCUGUAUAUUCCUGGGCAGCGAGCUGACCUUACGAACUGGAUACGGCUUGGGAUUACGGCACUGCCGCCUUACUAG